AUACAAAUCUAUUUAUUCUGAGUUUUAAGAAAGGCAACUUAACAAUAACAACGUAAGAGUUAUUAUUACGAUACGGUGCCAUGUGUUCUUGUUCGUAUCCUAGAUUUGUGUAAUUUUUUUAAGAGAUGGUUAAUUUAUUUUGAUUAUACUAUUACUCAUUAACAAAUCAUUAAUAUUAUAACUAAUUAACAAAUUAUAUACUGUAUCUAGACUUUAAGAACAUGAGAUAAAGUACAUUAUACUAAAUUAGUCUUCCCUAAACAUACUUCGUUGCUUUUGCUGGAGCCGGCAGCUAGUUAGCUAAGCCAGAUCGCUUUUUUAUUAGUGUAAUUAAAAAUGUGAAGGGUCAAUUACUGUAAUGUCUAGGACAGCAUAUUAAUGAGAUCGUAAGCUGUAGACCUUACAAUUCAUUAUCAAGUUUGCUAGUGGUCGGCACGCGAAUUCAAGAUGAGUGAAGAAAGGGUUAAGAUGCGAAAACAGCUAGGGCUGUUGGAGGGGGUAGCUAUAAUAUUGGGCAUCAUAUUUGGGAGUGGAAUAUUUAUAUCCCCUAAGGAGGUUCUGGAAAACACAGGGUCAGUGUGGGGGGCCCUGUCAGUGUGGGCUGCUUGUGGAUUGUUGGCUACUCUGGGCGCUUUGUGCUAUGCGGAACUAGGUACUACUUUGGCUCAAAGUGGAGGUGAUUACCACUACAUCAAUGAGGCUUAUGGAUCACUGCCAGCAUUUCUUUACCUAUGGGAUGCUAAUUUGGUAUUUGUACCAAGCACAAAUGCUAUUAUGGCAUUGACUUUUGCUAACAACUUAUUGGAGCCCAUAUUUCCAAAUUGUCCAAUUGAACCUUUAAGCCAGAAAUUAAUUGCAGCAGUUACUAUUUGUUUCCUUACAUUUAUAAAUGCAUAUGACGUUCGAUUUACUACUAAACUACAGAAUGUCUUCAUGUUCACAAAAAUAUCUGCAUUGUUUAUAAUAAUUAUUGGCGGUAUUGUGUGGUUGUGCCAAGGAAGGGUCGAGAAUUUUGAGGAUGGCUGGGCGGGAACAAAAACCUCAGUUAGUGAUUGGUCUGUUGCUUUCUACUCAGGAAUAUUUUCGUAUUCUGGAUGGAGUUACUUGAAUUUCAUGACGGAGGAACUCAGGGAUCCCUUCGUGAACUUACCCCGUGCUAUUUACCUAUCUUUACCGCUGGUGACCGCCAUUUAUUUGCUGGCAAACGUCGCCUAUCUGGCCGUAUUGGGACCUACAGGAGUUAGGGCAACUGAAGCCAUUGCUGUCGAUUUCUCCAUAGCCGCUUUGGGUUGGGUGCGGUACGCCAUGCCCUCACUCGUUGCGAUAGCUAUCCUGGGCGGGCUAACAGUGCACAUCAUGACGUCAUCGCGGAUGUGCUUUGCUGGCGCCAGGAACGGCCACAUGCCCGAACUACUAGCACAUAUUAACGUCAAAUGCAUGUCUCCGUUACCAUCGCUAAUUUUUUUGAUGAUUAUUUCAUUGAUAAUGCUAAUUCCUAGUAAUUUAACGUCGCUGAUUACGUACUGCACCAUAGUGGAAUCGUUUUUCACCACCCUCAGUUGCAGUGCCGUGUUGUGGCUGCGAUACAAGAAGCCUGACUUGCCCAGACCUAUCAAGGUGCCUACAUGGAUGCCGGUGGUGUUCGUGUCGCUGUGCGCGGUGCUGCUGGUGGUGCCGGUGCGCGCCGAGCCGGUGGCGGUGCUAGCAGGCGCGCUCAUGACGCUGGCCGGCGUACCCAUCUACUACGCCUUCGUGCGCCGUCGCCCCCAGUGGCUUGUUCCGAUCGCUACUCAAUUCACACACGGAUGCCAAAAGCUGUUCCUAUCCGCCGUAGAAGACAAAGAAGAAUGAUUCCUAAGAUUUAAUUCAGUGUCAUUGAAUCUCAACUUCUCUCAGUUUCACAUUGUUGAUUUUUAUGUACUUAAGCUCUUAUCAUUAGUAUCCUCUAAAAUAUGUUUGAUCUGCUUUGUGUGAUUUAGUUAGACUUAGGUUUGCGCUGUUUUCUAAUUAUAAAUCUUUCUAUGAUUAAUAUUUAUCAGUAUUUAUAUGUGCUCUCUAUUUAGGUAACUAAUGUAAAAUGAAGUACAUACCUAAAAGAACUUUAAUUAAGAGUAUGCUCUGCUAUCACAAAUGAUUAUUUUUCAUACAAUUUAUUUAUUUAGGGAACUUUUUUUUCAUCAUGUCUGGCGCGGUAUGCCAAAAAAGGCUGCAAAUUGUGUUGCAAGCCUGAAAAUCGAUACGAUUGAUAUUUAGGCCAUUUGAAUCGAUUUGACCCGUAGAAUCAAAAAAAUAUAAAAAACGGAGAGGAGUUAUGACGUCAUCUUUUUUUGUAUGGGAAAAAAAUGUUUUUCUUCAGAAACCUACCGUGUGUGAUGUAUAUUAAAUGAAAGGGCUUUUUGAGCCAGUCUAUGAUCACAUAAAUACAUUUCAGUAUUUUUUUUAAACUGCAUUAAAAAUAAUUUUCAAAACAUACUAAGUUUCGGCUUCUCCAGAUACGAUACCGUACAUUUUUUUUUUGUAAUAUAUAUUUCAUGGUAUGCUUAAUAUCCUCAUAUCCAAAAGAAACCAAUUUUGAAAAUUUUUACAUUAAGUUUUUUUUAUUAUUAUUACAUAGUUUGAUUUAUCAAUCUAUCAAUUAAAUAGCAUAAAUAUUUAAUAAAACAACUAAUUUGAGUUGUUUUAUCACUGACUUCCUAUGGCCACCUUCUGUAACCAUCGUCAGAUCAGCUCGAUGGGGUACCAUAUUUAUGGUAAUAAUAUUGCAUGGUCGCCCAAUUUACAAAACCCUAUAUAUGCGUAUGACACAAAUAAAUACAUUACAAACAAAGUUAAAUAAGAGCUUGUGAAAACGAUCAAGAUCUUCAAAACUAGUUCGCUAAAUAAAAUCGUCGUAUGAUUAUAAAUAUAUCACGUUUACGGGACCCCUUUGAUAUGCAUUAUCUUGAGUGAUGGCUUUUUUGUUUGACACUGUAAAUAUAACAUGGUCCUAGCCGUAACUAGUAGCUAUUGCUACCUCCUUUUAUUAAAUUGUAUUAUUUAAAUUAUAUCUACGUAGAUACCUAUUAUCUGUGUGAGAUCAUAGACUUUUGUGCUUUUUUACCUCAUUAUUGUUGCGACAGAAAAAUAAUUGCUUAAUCAAGUAUAUUAUGAAAUACCUGUACUUAUCUGCUGUUAGUGUACAGUCAGCGUCAAAUACUUUGUAGCCACUGACCUAUCACACAUAGACAGUUAGUCCUCAUAAGGCUAAUCUGCCAAAAGUGAAGCCGAAACUCGAUCGAUGUGUGCGUGCGACGCUCGUGUCUUACGCUCAGCGACACACACAUAUAUACAAAAACGGGUUGCCAGAGUUCAUUUAUUCCCCGUAAAAUAGAUGGAUUUUAACCACAUCCUUAUACUUGGCUAUCGAUCAUUUGGGAGUGUGUAUGUAGGUAUUAAAUUUGUAGCAAAAACUUUCAAGGUUUCUUUUAAGGACUUUGCAUUUCUGUACGUUGUGAAAUAAUGUUUAAAUAAAAAAACGUUUAUUUUUUUAUUUUACAAAUGUGCACAGAUAAUAAGCUGGUAGAAUUGACUUUGGAAUAAUGAUUUUAAAUGAUAAAUAUUUAAUGACGAUCAUUUGGAUUUGAUUUGGUUUGAUUUUAUUUGACUAAUAUUUUCUUCGGGUUGGUGUGGUGAAAAGUUUUGUGUUUCACUUGGGGCAAAAUUUGUUUAACUCUCGUAACUUGAAACCCUCGCAACGCUCAAGAUUCCAUUUUUCGACAUUUUGGAUCUUUAUUUAGCUCGAGUAGCAAUAUUAGCACGAGCGGUUAAACAACAACUUUUCCACUUGUAAAACAAAUAACUAUUUAUGGUCAGUACUAGUAAUUGUACCUGCAGGCCUAGCCAAGGUGGCAAUCGCUAUUGCUUCGAACAACGAAACGCUUUGUGUCUCUCUAUCAGUCUUCCAUAUAAGUGCGACAGUGACAGUUGCGUUUCGUUUUUACAGACCUUAACUGUAACACCUGUGUUCCACAAAUAAAAUUUACUUUACUUGCUCAUCAAAAUGGCGAGAGCAUAUUCGACUAUGUUUAGUCGGUUUCCAUAUUGCAUCGUUCCUAUUUAAUCUAAUUUUUUCCGUCCAUCUCGCAGACAGAAGCGGAUCAGUCGGAAAUCUAAAACGAAUAUCACACAAAAUAAAAAUAUGAAUUUAAACUGUAAUUUUAUAAAAGACAAAACAUAAUUUGAAAUAAAAGAAUGAAAAACUAAAAAAGAAUAUUUUCUAUAGUCAUACAAGGAACUUAAACUAAGCAUAUUUAUUUUAUCAAUGUAAUCGUCAUGCCUCAUUUGGAGGAAAAAAGAUUCAUAUAACCUGGCAACAUUUAUAAGUAAUGGCGGCUGACGAAAAUUUGGAUUUUUGUAUUUACAAUUACGUAAAAAUAUCACAUUAAACUGGAUACUUACGCAUGAAAUGUUAUAUCAGGCGGUUUGUUUUUAUACACUGAUGUGUUGUGACACCAAUUCACCGCACAAACAACCAUCUUUCUUGUAUUUUUUAAUUUAUAACCGGGAGGUGUACACAAACCAACUCGACCUUGAGUACUGCGAGGGCCGUUCGGAUACGAUGACACGAGGGCGACAUAAUGUCAUACUCGAAAUGGCUUCACUAGGGAUGUACAGACUAGGCAUCUAGGUUAGUUAUAAAUCUAUGUUUGUAGCAACCAAAGUAGCCAAAUAGUUCGGUACACCAUAUAUUUAGUAUGGCGUACCGAACUAUUUGGCCACUUUGACUGCUACAAAGUAUUUGACGCUGACUGUACAGUUAUAAGACUUUCUCACUAAUCUGGUCAUGUAUAUAUCACAAGUUUUGUAUUAAUUUAUAGUGAAAAUAACUGUGUAUUGGUAGCUUUUAUACAAAUUAAUAUACAUUGUUUUGCUGA